CCUCCGUAUAGGCUAUAGCGUAGGCGAGGCCCCCCGUGCUCACUGCCCACACACGCCAGCGCAAGCACUCGACGCCGUGGGCAUGGAGCGCGGCCAUGCACUGUCCAUUCUCCUCAUGCUGCCGCCGCUGCUGCUCGCGCCCGCCGGUUCGUCGACGUUCCUGGAGGAGGACGUGAUUCUUGGCACGGUGGAGAAGGCGGCGGCGAGGCUGGGAAGCAAGGGCGCGAACGCGAGCACGCGGAGAGGGAGCAGCACGAGCUGCGGCGGCGCAGGAGGCGGGAGGCACUACGUGGCGUGGAAGGAGGAGAUCGCGGGGCGGCCGGAGCUGGCGGCGUGGCUGCGCGGGGUGCGGCACCGGAUCCACGAGCGGCCGGAGCUGGCGUACGAGGAGGUGGAGACGAGCCGCCUGAUCCGCGACGAGCUGGACGCCAUGGGGGUCCGGUUCCGCCACCCGCUCGCGCGCACGGGCGUCGUCGCCACCGUCGGCACGGGGCGCCCGCCGGUCGUCGCGCUCCGCGCUGACAUGGACGCGCUGCCCAUCCAGGAGGCCGUGGAGUGGGAGCACAAGAGCCGGAGCCCCGGGAAGAUGCACGCGUGUGGGCACGAUGCGCAUGUGGCGAUGCUCCUCGGCGCGGCCAGGAUACUCAAGUCUCGCGAGCACCACCUCAAGGGCACAGUGAAGCUGCUGUUCCAGCCAGCCGAGGAGUCCGGUUGCGGCGCCAAGCGGAUGAUCGAGGACGGCGCGCUGGAGGGCGUGGAGGCCAUCUUCGCCGUCCACGUCUCCCACCAGCACCCGACGUCGGUCAUCGGGUCGAGGACCGGGCCCCUGCUCGCCGGCUGCGGCUUCUUCAAGGCCGUGAUACGCGGCGAGACGGAGGAACAACUGCACGGCGCGAAGACGCGGCGGCGUUCCGCCGAUCCCAUCCUGGCAGCCUCCUCCACCAUCAUCAACCUGCAGAGCAUCGUCUCCCGCGAGGCAGAUCCUCUGGACUCGCAGGUGGUGUCGGUCGCAGUCGUGAACGGGAGCGACAGCGGGUACCUCGGGGGCGCGCCGGAGGAACCGCUGGUGCUGGGCGGCACGUUCCGUGCGUUCUCCAACGCGAGCUUUUACCACCUGCGGCGGCGGAUCGAGGAGGUGAUCACGGCGCAGUCGCGGGUGCACGGCUGCGAGGCGUCCGUGGACUUCUUCGAGAACCAGAGCUUCUACCCGCCGACGGUGAACGACGCGCGCAUGUACGGGCACGUGAAGAAGGUCGCGUCCGAGCUCCUCGGGGCCGGGGGAUACCGCGACGUGCCGCCGAUGAUGGGCGCCGAGGACUUCUCCUUCUACUCGCAGGCGGUGCCCGCGGGGUUCUACUACAUCGGCGUGCGGAACGAGACGCUGGGGUCCGUGCACACGGGCCACUCGCCCUACUUCAUGAUCGACGAGGACGUGCUCCCCACCGGCGCCGCCUUCCACGCCGCCGUCGCCGAGAGGUUCCUCGCGGAGCACGCCUCCCUGAUGGCCUCCCCUUCCUCCUCCUCGGACCUGAUCCAACAGGAGCUGUGAUCGAGACGACUCGCUUCAUGAUCCACCAGCGCGAGGUCGCGUCGCGGGCGCGGACGGGUCUCGCUUCGGCUGGUUGUUUUGGGGGGCGCGGGCGGGCACGGUGGAAACUGAUGGAUUUUGGCCGAUCGCUCCGUCGUUUGUGCGGGAUCCUGUUAGCUUUUUGUGGCCGUCGGGCUCGUGAUCUGCAGCCGUGGCGUGCCGGCGGCGGUUUGGGUCUUGCCGUGUUUCUCAUCCGUCAGCAAGGAACCAUGACGGACGAACGGACGGUUGGCGCGUUUGUAUUACACCCGGGAAAAUGUAGCAUGCUGCUGAUGUAAUGGGCGGUUCUGUUUUGGCUCCGGAAGGAAAAUGUUCACUAGUCUACGUGGAGACAUGUCUUAUUAAGAUGUUUAUUUAUAUUGA